UUCCAGAUUAACUCUGUGACACACGCUACCAACGUGAAAUGAAAGUUAAUGUGAGAGAACGUGCUGAAACACACUAUUGGAUUGACAUUACGAGCAGCGAUAUACCGCCGGUGCCGCCAACGCCUGUGCACAGCGCCACCGCCGCCACCGACGACGUCAUCAUCAGCAACAGCAACAGUUGCCAGCGGCAAGGUCAACUGCAGCUACAGAAGCAACCGCUAUUGCUACAGAGCCAUAAGCAGCCUCCUCCGGCUCAGCUGUUGCUUAUUGAACAAAACCAACAGCAGCCGCUACCGAAACAAAAACAGCCACAAUCGUGCAAAGCAACAUAUUACAACAACACCCCCAAUACCACCAACACCACCACCACCACCACACCCACCACUCCCGCCGCACCCACUAAAACAGUCCCACACUCACCAUUUUACCCAACGAAAUCCAUUAGCACACCCCUCUCCGACGGCUAUAACCCACUUGCCAUCGUCGCCACCGCCACUACACCCACAACUACAGCUAAUUCACCAGCAGCUACAGCGCCACUAUCAUUGCGCCAACAAAAUCAAAAAGUUAUCACAAGAUCACAAUCAUCUAAAGUUAUACAGGAGUUGCAGCAGUUACAUAGCAACAACAACAACAACAAUAUAAACCACUAUCCAUAUCCUCAGCAGCAGCAACAGCAGCAACAGCAACAGCAACAGCAACACUCAUCUAUCCAUCAACUAAAGCAACAGCAAUCGUUGCCCGCCACCCUACAUCCACCGCCAACGGUCAACGGUAACGGUAACGGUCAUCAUCCGCCGCCUAGCAAGUCCGUUUCGAUACUCGUCUACAAAACAUUGAAUACGGUCUUCAAGAGCAGUCGUAAGAUCAUUGUGCGCGUUUGUGAGGUAGCUAGCGCAAAGAAGUCUUUCACCAUGUUCAAAUUCAAUAAGGCAGCUGCGCAAAAUCGCGCUGAAAAUCGUGCGAACGCCUGCACCGGGCACGAUCAGUUCGUGCGACCGCCAGUGCCCGAGAAGAAAGUUAAACACAUAAUGAAGAAAUUACACAAACAAAAUGGACUGAAACGUUCUAAUUCAGCGAUCGAAUUUGACGUAUCCGCACUGACAGCCGCCAAUCGUCGACACAUCUACAGCAGCAAUCGAUCAGCCAGUUCGGAACAAGAUAAUUCAGAUCAAUCCGAGCACUCGGAAAAAUCACCAUUGGUUAGCGCGAGGUUAGACAAUCUAGCUAGGCUAUUUUUUAGCAAAUCGAUGCCAGCGGAAACCGGAAGUAGAGAUACCAUAGAUUCUGUGCUAACAACAAGACCAAAUCUGAAAUAUCAAUACUCGGCGUUGGAUAGUGGCAAUGGUGUUGUGGAGCGUAGUCCACGCGAACGUGCUCAACGAGAGCGCGCCUUCACUGCGCUACAGGAUUGGGUACAAAAUUCGAAUGGACGCUACGAGAUAAUCGCACAUUUGGAUGAGAUUGGCUCACGGCAUGGCAAGAAUUGGUUUCUCGUAACCGAUGCGACGGUGCGCACGGAUCGUCUGCUGACGUUGCUGCCACUCCCACCGGACUGCGUCGCGUUCGAGGACUUGCCUGCAAACGAGAAUCCGAAGCCAAUGCUAAUGGAGUUGCUCGGCUCACUGCAUCAUCCAUAUAUUUAUCCGAUUUUGGAUUUGGGUUUUCUGCAGUUGGGCUCAAGCAAUUUUGCCUGUCUGGUGACGCCAUUCAAUUCGCGCGGCAGCUUAAAGGAUUUAAUUUAUAGGGCGCAAUGGAACGAACCGUGGGCACGCAAAUAUACACGGAAACCCAACGGUUUGCCUGUCUCCCAAGUGCAGCGGCUGGGUCGACAAAUCUUAGAGGCAUUGCUGUUUCUGAAAGAGCGCGGCUUCCCACUGCACGGCCAUUUGCAUAGCGGAAAUGUGAUUCUACAAAAUGGCGCCGCCAGACUAUCCGGCCUCGAGAACGGCCUAUUGGGCCUUAGUUCCCGCAUUAACGCUGUUAUGUGGUCGCGUUCAACAACGGAAAUCGAAAAUGUCGAUAUCAUCUGCUUCGGUCAUUUGUUAUACGAAAUGUGCACCGGUACAGAAAUGACCACACCCAAACCGUCCAUGCGGGUGCUCGAAAUGGAAUUGGAGCAUUUCCCACAGAUCUUAGAUGUACUUGGCCUAAUAUUCGAACCGCCCAGCGGUGUGUGUCCCUCCGUCGAGGAUUUAGUUUUAUGUGAUCUCUUCAGAAGCAUCGAUUUACGUGAAUUACGUGGCCCCUGCUUUAAUACUAUCAAGCCAAGUCUCAGCAGAUCCACACUAAAUUUAUUGUAUGCUGUAAAGAAACGACAAUGUGCAUCACUUGGCAGCUCAUUCAGCGAAAUGAGCUCACCGAGUACACCGCCAUCUACACCACGCGACGGUCGACGCGGCUUUAGUCGAACAAUGGACUCUUUCGACAUAUCAAGCGAUUCCGAGGAAGGGCUGCUUGAUGAAAUCCUUGUCGAUGGCAAAUAUCACCAGCAACGCCUGCAUCAGCUACAGCGCAUGCAAAACUACCACCAGCGUCAGCAUCACUCCUACCCACAGCACUACUACAGUCAGUUUACAGCCUUCUCACAGCAUCAACUUGUCGGCCAACGUCAACACUUCAAACAGCUAGAAUAUGAUGCCAUAGAGUCAUCACCCCUACAUUAUUGUGAAAAUACCACCACCCAGUCGGACGACAAUAUCUAUAGCACUCAAGAAAAUCAACUUUCGACAACACAACAAUUACAAACGCAACAAUUACAAACACAACAACUACAACUAAGAGAGUCCCCAACACCAUCACCACCGCCUCUGUCACCUCUGCCACCGCUACCACCGCCACCACCUUCACUACCAACAAUACGUUGUAGCUCCAGCAAUAAUUUGAAUGCACCAUUGUGUUCAAAUGUUGGCCGCUCAUCGGGAAGUAGUACAAGUAUUGCUUCAAUAGGCGGCGCUGCUUCCACUUCUGCACCAGCUACCUUCAUUGUUGAGGAAAAUAUCGACACUGGCGAAAAUACAAUACACUCGGGUCAACUGGAGCUUGAGGGUGAUGAUAGCACAUCAAACAAUGACAGCACGGCGAGUAAUGAAUCAUCGGUGCAGCAAGCGGACUCGACUAGUCCAAGUCUAAUGACUGAUAGCGCAAAGGCAUCCACAUCAGCUGCGGCUGCCGCAGCAGCAAGUGUCGCAACGGCAGGCGCUGGUGCUGCUGCUUCUGCUUCUGCUUCAUUCAAUCAUCAAUUGACCGCCGACAUAUGCAACUAUAAGAACUCAAAGAGUCGUCGACUCGAGUAUUCGCUCAAGUGCUUGAAAUAUCGGCGCAGUAACCCGUCGCAGGAUUCGGCUUUUGGCUCAUUGACAGACAACGAUCUCUCAGUUGGGUCAUCCAGCUUUCGAAUAAGUAGUUUUCAAUCGAUUUCUUCACCGAUUGAUGAGGGUGUAGAAGAUGUGAUAAUAGCCACUACAACAGGUGGCAAAGAAAUUUGCCUAGAAUUGGCUACCAUACCAAGAAGCAUGGUGUCACAAGAUUCAGCUAUAUCAUCGCCGUGUCGUGAAACAUCGCCUAGCAACUUUUUGAACAUUGAUGACGCCAUGUCUGCUGGCUCUUGUUCGGGCGCAUCCACUUCGUCCGGCGGCUCGACAGGCAAUAUACGUCCACAACAAUUUCCCGACUCGCUUUCGCCUAAAAUACUCGUCACUUCCACCACUAACUCUAGCAAUUCGUCCCUAUCGUCGUCUAGCGCCACACUACCCCAAGGACAACAAUUCGAUCCACCCAAGAUACUGGUUAAUGAUCAAAACUCUAUCUAUACAACUUCACCCUCGAAACGUACCGGCACCAUUGAGGUCUUUUCACAAAAAUAUCGCGUAUGUUCAUUCGAAGAUAUGUCACCGAAUAAGCGUUCCUCUUCCGACAAACUUUUGAAGAAUGUCAAUCGUAUGGCUUUUCGUUCGCUCGAAGAGGAACGACGCAUCGAUAGCGCUUUUAUGCCCAUAGUUGACCGCACGAACUCGGAAAAUCGCGUGAACAUGCAGAGAGAUGAAAAAUACAAAAAACUCACACAUGCCUCCUUCCGCAUCAGUAAGACCUCGAGUCAAGUGAUCGUCUAUGACAACUCACCGAAUCAGCUUAUCACAACUUCACCCGUUGGCGCCACAAAAGUCAUAACUAAUGGCGAGAUGCAGCGUCCAGCCACAGCAGCGGGUUCGGUGAGUAGUCGUCUAACAAUGUGGCGCGAUAGCAAAUUCUAUCGAAAGAAUCGCAUUGCCAAGUCAAAUGACUCGCUGCUAGAAACAUCGCCCAAUCAUUCGGCUCGUUUGUCGCCAUCUUCAUUGCGUGACAAUCACUACGACAGCAGUUCCUCUUACGGCGGCAGUCGCAGCCACAGUCGACAAUCGUUAAAUCGAGGUGGUUCAAUCAAUGAGAUAUCCGGUCUGAAUCAGGCAUUUGGUGGUAGCGGUGGCCAAGGUUUGGCGGUGACCACAAGCUUUUGCGGCAAUGUCGGCACAGCGGGUGCUGGUCGACGUUACUGCAGUUCAAAAAGCGAGGAUCUCGGUGAUUCGAAUGACUAUUUGCGUGUUAUGGAUGCACGUAAAUCGUAUUCGGAACGACAUCUGGUCACCUUGACCAAACUAAAGCAAACGGCUAUAAACAAUACGACAAGCGGAAGUGAUCAAUGCUGCCAAUCCGAGGACGAAAUGAGCUUCUAUGAUGACAAUAAUGUUUACAGUUACAUGUAUUAUGCUGAGCAGCUGCAACAGCAACCACAACAACAACAACAACAACAGCAACAUCAUCAACAGCAACAUCAUCAACAUCAACACCAUGCAAAACAGCAUUUUCGGCAGCAGCAGCAACAGCAGCCGCAACAUCGGCGUAGUCACUAUAAUCAGCAACCGGCAGCCAAGUCAGCAAAGCAACAACUUCAACAACAACUAUCUACUCAUCAACACCAUCACCAGCAACAGCAACAUUCCAAACGUCCCCACCCGAAUCAAUUGAGCUGGAGUAGUUGUUCCAUAAAUCGCCUAAGGACAUCCAAUAUAAAGACCACCUCUUUGGCUACCUUAUCCUGCCAUCAUAAUCUAGCUUACUCCGCUUCAGCACACUCUCCCAAUGCUGCCAGCACUACAGCUGCCGGUACUAUAGUGGCGCUACCACAUGUCUCACGUAGCGCUAUUUUCAAGUCGGUAGAUCAUUUUGUCAACUUGACUGAUAAGCACGCUGGUGACGGUAGUAGUGGUGCUGGCAGUGGACGCAGCGGCACUUGCACUGCCACCGAUGAUAACAGCUCCCCCGACGAUUCGCCAACACAUCAGACACUGAGUGGCGCUGAACUCUCGAAGAUUUUUGCCAUGCACGACGCCCAAAGCAGCCAGUGUAGUGAAGAGAAGACACUGCUGCUGGACAGCGUUGAAAUGUCUCCAAUCAGUCCGACCGAGCCGGAGGAAUUGGCCAGCGAAGAAAAAAUGUGAUAUACUAAAUUUCAGUAAAUGCAUACUAAAACAUAAACUUAAAAGAAAAUAAAUGUUC